CGGAGGAUGUGACGACAUGACGCCGGCGUGGGGACGCCAGGACACUUCCGGCCGGCGGCGGGCGGCGGCGGCGCUGGGGUCUUGAUCCUAUAUCAGAAACAUGGCUUCUGAUUGGCUGGGCAGCAUUGUAUCUAUCAACUGUGGGGACAGCCUGGGAGUCUAUCAGGGAAGAGUAUCAGCCGUGGACCAGGUCAGCCAGACCAUCUCCUUGACCCGACCUUUCCACAAUGGUGUGAAAUGUUUAGUGCCAGAAGUCACCUUCAGGGCAGGUGACAUUACAGAGUUGAAAAUUCUGGAGAUACCAGGUUCUGGGGACAAUCAGCAAUGUGGAGACUCACAGCAGACAGAAUUAGGCCUACCUGGUGUUGGCUGUCAGGUGGGAAUCAGUCAGAAUGGCACAGGCAAACUGCUCAAGAAAUCCACAUCCUCCAGUGCUCCCCAGAAUAUCCCCAAGAGAGCAGAGAUGAAGACUCAGGAUGUUGCUAUUUCACCACAGCAGCCGUGCUCAAAGAGCUAUGUGGACAGGCAUAUGGAAUCUUUGAGUCAGUCCAGAAGUUUUCGUCGGCGACACAACUCUUGGUCAUCUAGCAGUCGACAUCCAAAUCAAGCAACUCCAAAGAAAAGUGGCAUAAAGAAUGGCCAGAUGAAGAAUAAAGAUGAUGAAUGUUUUGGGGAUGAUAUUGAAGAGAUCCCAGACACAGAUUUUGACUUUGAAGGGAACCUGGCCCUUUUUGACAAAGCAGCUGUAUUUGAAGAGAUUGAUACUUAUGAGAGAAGGAGUGGUACCCGUUCCCGAGGCACCCCAAAUGAAAGACCCGCUCGAUACCGUCAUGAUGAAAACAUAUUAGAAUCUGAACCAAUCGUCUACCGACGGAUUAUGGUGCCCCAGAAUACAAGCAAAGAAUUCUGUACUGACUCUGGGCUGGUUGUCCCGAGUGUCUCCUAUGAGCUGCACAAGAAGCUAUUAUCAGUAGCCGAGAAGCAUGGUCUCACACUGGAACGGAGGCUGGAGAUGACUGGAGUUUGUGCCAGCCAAAUGGCCCUCACCCUGCUGGGAGGACCUAACAGGUUGAAUCCCAAGAAUGUCCACCAAAGGCCCACAGUAGCCCUACUUUGUGGUCCCCAUGUGAAGGGGGCUCAGGGUAUAAGUUGUGGGCGACACCUUGCCAACCACGAUGUCCAUGUCAUCCUCUUCCUGCCUAACUUUGUCAAGAUGUUAGAGUCUAUCACCAAUGAACUGUCCCUUUUUAACAAGACACAGGGCCAGCAGGUGUCCAGUCUCAAAGAUCUCCCCACCAGCCCCGUGGACCUGGUGAUCAAUUGCCUGGAUUGUCACGAGAACGCCUUCCUCCGCGACCAGCCCUGGUACAAAGCGGCAGUGGACUGGGCCAACCAGAACCGGGCGCCCGUCCUCAGCAUCGACCCGCCCAUGGGCGAGGCUGAGCUGGGCAUCGAUGCCAAGUGGUCCCUGGCCCUGGGCCUGCCCCUGCCCCUCGGUGAGCGUGCGGGACGCGUUUACCUGUGCGACAUUGGCAUCCCUCAGCAGGUGUUCCAGGAGGUGGGCAUCAACUACCGCUCGCCCUUUGGCUGCAAAUUUGUCAUCCCGCUGCACUCCACGUAGAGGCCCCGAGGCUGACACGUGACUUAAGAGAACGCCUUAAGGAUGUGAAGCUCCACGGACAGUGUCUGUUGUGUUUUGUUUCUUUUGUUUCCUUUGAGGUUUGUUUCUUCUGUGAGAAACAAAGUAUUUAAAACUGAAAAGUAACUGCCCUUUGAAGGGGAGAACCCCUUCUGUCAGGCUGUCCCUAGGGCCGAGGGGGGCAGGGGCAGGGGCAGUUUGGGGGGCCUGGCCACCCCCUCUGGCUAGCUGGCUCGCCUCUUGGUGGAGGGUUUUUGUUUACAGACACAGGCAGCUGUCGGACUGGGUUUGAGGUUUACAGCCACAGCCCCAAGGGGAGCAGGGGGUUCCCUUUUCCUUUCUUGGCUUUCUUCUUUCUCCUCAGAUUCUCCCUUUGCUCCCCUUCUCACCCCAGCCCUUUAUUCUUUUUAAAUAAGCGGUCCUUCCCUUAAUCAUGUCAGAUACGCUGGGACCCAGUUGUCCUUGUUGGGGGCCGGUCUCGUUUCCUGUUGCUUGGAUGCUCAUGAUGGUGACCAGAGUUGAUUUUUCUUUCUGCCUCCCUCAUCCUGAGCCACGUGGCCCAUGCAGAAAGCGGGCGUGCAGGAGGAGCCCGGCCAGCUCCUGUCUGUCUGUCUGCCCGAGUAGCAGCCGGCACCCGCCUCUGGGGUUCGGGCUUGUUCUUUUGCUAUAACGUUUUCAUUUUCUCUUGAUCUGACCUGGGCACCCAGCAGACUGUCUUUCCUCAAGGGAUCAGCCCCAGCUUUCAUUUUCCCCUUCCCAAGCCACCUGUUUUGGGGAAGGGGCUGUUGUGUGUCCCUGUCAGGCCCAUGUUUCCUAUUUGGUUUGACCCUUUGAUUCUCAGCCCAAGUAGCUUUGGGACGUUCCACUGUAGAGCCGCAGUGCCCGCCCUGCCAGCAGUAGCCCCUCUCGCCCCCAAGUGCCCAUGGGUUCCUUCGACAGUGCCAUCAUCGUUCGCCCGGGACAAAAGACUGAAGCGAGCCAGUCCUCCGCUGCCGUGUCGCUGGGGUCCCUUCUCCCCCUGCCCUGUGGCUGCAGUGCUGUGGUGGUGGGUGGAUGAGGCCUUCACCCCCUUCCCCCAAUCCCCCAAAGGACCUUAGUACACAGGCAGAGAAGGGGCCCAGUUCUUGCUCAGUAUUGGGACUUGCCCAGUGAGAAACACGGGGCUGAGCCUCUGACGAGGUCCCCAUCUUGACUUCAAUAUAGGAAGGUAUGUUCAGAGGGGCCUGAGGACAGUCGAGGCUUUUGGUGAAAGCCCCAUUCCUGAUCCCAGUUUUGGGGGUUUCUCCACCCUCCAUUUCCCAGUUGCCCACCCUUCAGCAUGUGCCUCUCUUGAGUCCUCCCCUGGGGCAAAGCCAGCAGCUGUUUUAUUUGGGAGAAGACGGGGACCCCCAACCAGUUGGGGGGAGCUUCCGGGGCCAGCCUGGAGCUGCCCCAACUUUCACCUUUGCCAAGUGGCCUGUCUGUCUGGUAGACUGCGACACUUGGUGUGAGAGGAUGCCCUCGGUGUCCUUGGCCCUUUCGGGCCUGCCGGUUGUCUCAGAGGUGCCAAAGGAAGUCCACUAGAGGAAGUCUGCAGGGGCUUCUUGCCUGGCAGGGCUUACCAAGGAUUCCAUGGAUAUUCUAGCAAGGGCCUCUCCCACCUUUGGUGCGCACUUCUGAGGGAGACUUGAGGCACCAGCUCCGUCUUAAUCUCCUCUAAUGGCAGCCUGUGAGCUCUUCCAGCCCCUUGUGUCCCAUCCCAGCAGCUGGGGGGAAAGUCCCAAAGAGCUUGAUCCUUGGUGCCUUUGGAGGAGAGUGAGACGUCACAGAGCCAGACAUUCGGUUGUCGUUUUGGUCUAAACUCCACUUUUCGGUCUUCAGGGUAGGCUGUGCCCCUCUGGCUCUUGGUUUUGGUUUUGGUUUUUCCAGUCCCUGGUCCAUACUGUGGGCAGAGUAGAGGCCUUAGUAUAGAUUAUGGAGAAAUGCUUAUCUCUUUCCUGGAAGACCCAAGAGAUAGCGAUACUCUGACAGGGAGAGACUCUCUCCCUGGCAAACGGCACUAAUGGAGACAGGACUGUGCACCGUCAGCCUGGUCUCUCCCUUCCCUUCCUGCUCAGGGUUCCAGAGUUCCUUCCCCUGUCCUAAGCUCCUACUUUAUGGCAUAGCAAACCUAGCUUCCACAUGGCCUGUCCCCAUCCCGUGUGGAGAAGGGGGCCUGCACGGAAGCUUCAGGACUGAUGCAGACCCCUUAGGACACGACAGUCCCUCCCAGGAAGUGCUUUUAACUGUUCUGUGCGUGAGAAGUGAAAGUCUGGGUUUCUUUGGCAUUUUUCUAGGAUGGUGUCGAAGUCUGAGGAUGGGCAGCCCUUUGAAGCAUCUAGAACAGAUAGUGAGAUAAAGGAAGGGUUGGGAAGGAACCCAGGCAAGGAAGCGUUGAGUCUGAGAAGGAUGGGGGAGCAUCUCCUGACUGCCUGCUCUUCCUCCUGAGGAAAAGUGGGGGGUCUGGCCCCCUCUUGGUGCUCAGUCAGAAAGCUGAGGUGGCAAUCCACAGGACCAGCAUGGCUUCUUGGGGGUGGGGAUGGGAGUGGGGGGACAGCCUUGUUUUUUUAGCAUUUUUUACUUCAUCCUUGGCAGCUUGAGGAAUAUAAUCCUUUCCUGUUCCUCCUCAGUCCUGCUUAGGUUGUCACCUGUCAUAAUUUGUUCAAAGGCAAGUGGCCCUUGAUUUCUCCUUUUGCCCCAAGAGAAUUUGACUAUUAAAAACAAAUAGUCGUUCUUCAGAGGCCUUUCUUCCUCUCCCCUGGCAGCUGAAGGCCCUCGCUUGUGCCACCUGGCCCUGGCUGUGUCGUUGGCCCCGCACUAUGGAGCUCCUGGGAGAGGAGACCUUGUAAAACUGUCGAGACUAUCACUAGUGCAGCUGUUGAGAUGGGGCAGGGGAUGACGGAAAACCAGCACUCAAAUAAAGCGGAAUUGACUGA